GUGAGAACUGCCUCUACCUCAACAUAUUUGUACCUCUGGAUGUGAACUUCAGUUCCCCUUUACUGACAACCCUGCCAGUGAUGGUGUGGAUCCACGGGGGGGAUUUCAUUGCUGGCUCAGCCUCCAAGCCCCUGUACGAUGGGAGGUUCAUCAGUAACUUCACUCACACUGUGGUGGUGAGCAUGGAGUAUCGGCUAGGGGCGUUUGGUUUCCUCGUCUCGGGAUUAGACCCCAAAACCUCAGCAACCGGGAAUUAUGGGAUCCUGGAUCAGCAGGUUGCUCUUCUCUGGGUUCAACAAAACAUUGCUCUGUUCGGAGGCGACCCCAGCAAGGUGACCAUAUUUGGGGAGAGUGCAGGAGCCCAGUCAGUGAGCGUCCAUCUGAUGGUCCAGAGCAGUAAGCCCCUGUUCAAACAGGCUGUGUUCCAGAGCCUACCCUUCUCCAUCCCUCUCAAGACCAGACAUGAUGCCCUGAAGCUGGGGAGGGACUUUGCCAGACAGGCCAACUGCUCUGUGAGCGACAUCGUGUGCCUGCUGUCCCUCAGUCCUCAGGCUGUCCUCGCUGCCCAGAUGAAGUCAAGUUCCAAAGUGGUGAAUCCCUUCAAGUUCUUGGAGAUCUUUGAGACCUGGGGGCCCUACAUAGAUGGAGAGCUGAUCAAGGAGCAGGCUGUGACUGCCUUCCAGAAGGGCACUGGCAGAAGGAGAAACCAGUCCUCCUUGGGACCACUUCAGAGGAGGGGUGAUCUUUGUGUACGGGGUCUUCACCAAGCCUGUGUCUGUGGUGGAGUGCAUCGUCUACACCACGGCCAUCUUCAAACGCACGCCCUCAGGAUCCUACGCAAGUACCUGCCCCUGUACAGGGACGUUGACCGACGGGACAUGCGGCUCAGAUUGUGACAGACUACGUCUUCCUUUGCCCUCCCGCAAGGCAGCCCGGGCGGGCACCAAAGUGGGCAGCGCCGUGUGGAUGUACGUCUUCGACCAUGUGAUGUCGGACCACAGUGUGUGGUCCGGUCUGUCCUUCUGCUACGAGCAUGUGUGUCAGGGCGCUGAGCUGCCUUCCUCUUCGACACGGCCUCCGUGGCCAACUUCACGCUGGCCCCACCGACGAGCGG